UUGUCUGGCCUCAGAGUAUCAGCAGCAACGAGUACAUCAUCACGUUCCCAGGAGCUUGCUCUCUCUCUCUCCCUCGCCCACGCCCCAUCCAUUUCAGUUCUUUCGAAUCUUACCAAAGAUAAGAAGCAGUGAGCAGCCGGUACGAUCUUCAGUCGUCGCUCUAAUACUGGAGAAAAUAUAUAUCACCGGAUGUUAAACCAUAACGGAUGAAAGGGCACGCGGGACACUCGAAAAUGGAGAUCUUCAAGAUAAAUAAGGCCCUUUUGCCUUUCAAGGUCCAUUAUUUUUUCAAGAAUGGAGGAUCUGCAUUUCUCUCCUUUUUAGCUCCCAUGGCCAAUCAGCGUGGUAUUUCAGCCAAAGGGGUAGGGAUCAUAUGGACUGCCCAUACAAUUGUAAGCUCACUGAGCAAUGUCAUCUUUGGCUCAUUAGCUGAUGUUUAUAAGGUGCACCGACUACUGCUUAUUGGAAUAUGUGGUCUCUUGGCAUCAUCUUACACCAUGUUCUUCUUCCUCCCAGCAUUACCACAGUCCACAGAUCCAGCAUUUGAAUCUUCUCUCUCUGCUCAGUGCCUCACGAAUGUUAUUUCACCCCAGCUGUGCUUCAGUGAGCUCCAAAGCUAUAAUUUAAGUUCAUUUCUUUCUUGUGCUAAUGGUCAAGGAGAGUUACAAAGCUCCAGAGAGGAAUCAUGGGAAUUUGAGUGUUUUGCUGAGGGUCAAAAGAAAGUGGGCAUAAAUAUUGAGAGAGAACGUUUAUUUUUCAGAAAUAAUUCUGAACUUAGCAAAAAUUCAAGUGAGAAAUGUAUUACAGUUACCGAGAACGACAUCACUGGCUUAUCAUAUGAUGAUUACGAAGUAGCCUGUGAUAAAAAUAUUUACCUUCUGUGCAAAAAUGACUGUAGAAGACUGGAAAAUGAACCUAUCAGUGUGUUAGAGUUAUUAGCCACAAGUGAAUUCUGGCUAAACGCCAUCUGCAUAAUUUUCAUCUACGUAAGCAUCGAUGCCUCUUCUUCACUGGCUGAUACCAUGUGUUUCGUUGUCCUUGGGAAGGAUCGCCAUAUGUAUGGAAAAACCAGAAUGUUUGGAGCUCUCGGUUGGGGUGUAAUGGGUGCGAUUAUGGGGGGCCUCGUUAAUCUCGUCUCCAAAAACCAGCCUGACAUCAAUUACACCCCAGCAAUGAUUAUUACAGCGGUAUUCCUACUCUUCAAUCUCAUAUACACCACUACUAUUAGAGUUAACGUUCCUGGGAAGCAAGGACCAAAUCCACAAAGCAUCAGUCUGUCUUUUCCACUUGUUUCGAUGCUGGCCACAGCUUUUAUUCAAGGGUCAGCGAUGGGCUUCAUAUGGACCUUUGAGUUCAUCUACUUGAAAAGUGUGGCCCUCGGAUGGGACCCUCAGUUCUCGGACUUGAAUCUCCUACAAGGACUCUGUGUAGGAAUGGACUGCUUUGUAGGAGAGGUGCCAUUCAUGUUUUUCUCCGCAUACAUCAUCAAACUGCUCUCCAAUGUGCACACAUUCUCCCUGACACUUGUGGCGAUGGGUUUUCGACUUCUACUGUGUUCUUUCAUCAAGAAUCCUUGGGUUUUCCUUGCGGCUCAUCUCUUCCACGGUUUAUCUUUCGGCGUCUUUUUUGCAAAUAUGGUUUCCUAUGCAAACCUUCUGGCUCCACAAGGCUCACAAGCUACAAUGCAGAGCACUGCCAUGGCAUUCUUUACACUAGGAAAAUCUUCAGGGUCUUUCGGAGGUGGAGUGCUACUAGAGAAACUUGGGGGUGCGGGAGCGUUCUUCACAAUGGGCCUCAUUGUCUCUUUCUACGCAACUGCGUACGUCAUUGUUCAUUUGUCCCGCACAUGCUUCAGAAGCAACACACAAGGGGAAUAUCAAAAACCCACAGAUCAAGGAGAAGCUGACGUAGAAGACUUCGUACAUACAUAACAAUCCGGAGGCUGAAGGCUGGACUCUCUUUACAAUAUAAAGAAUAAGAACAUCCAAGUCGCUGACUUCCAUUCCAAGACAGCAAAGAUCCGGACAGGUUUAUUUAUAUAUCAGUUAACGUAGUCUCGUGCACUGCAAUAUAAUGUUGGAUUAAUUUUCUGUGUGAAUUAUGAAUACUAUAAUUUUGGAUUUAUUUUCUGUAUGAAUUAUGGACAUCAGUGAAACACUAUUUUCUAUAUUUGACUUAUAAAUAAAAUGUGUUUCUUGCACAAGACUGAUUUUA